CAUACACAGCUAUGGGCCAAGUGGAAGUGCUUGUCUCUGCCAUGGAGGGCAGGGGCAUUCUCUGCCCGACGGGCACGGCCGAGCAGCUCGAGGUGGUGGUGACGACCGAGUCUGGCCAGGGCCACGAUGACCACCACGGGCAGGAGGACGGCCAGGAGGACGGCCAGUCACGGAGUGCUCUGGCCGCCGGCUUCGGCAGCUCGAGGCGGAGGGGAAACACGCCAGUCUGGUCGGCGCAGCUAGUGGUGCCGGCAGAUGGCGCUGCGGGCGUGACGGUGGCGCUGAGGGCGGGCAAGGAGAUCAUCGGCGAGCGAUCGUUCACCUUGGCCGACAUCAAGUCACGGCUCUCUCCGACUCAGUACGUCUGGUUCUACCUCACGCCACCGCCUGCCUCGGCUCACAGUGUGAGGACCCAUGACGAUGGGGCUGUUGGCCAUCUCAAGCUCCGCAUCUGCCUCGUCGAGCGCGUCGAGGUCACAGACAAGAUCCGCCGCGUCCUCGCCGGCUCGGCCGCUGAUGCAGAGACCUUCUCUACUGCUGCUGCCGACUCGGCCUACGACGGUGGCCCCAUUCCGCGUGCGUCGUCGACAACCGUCUUUGGUGCCGUCGACGAGCAGUCGUUUGCUCUUCACGGCGCCGCCGCCGGCACGAGCGACGGGCCGUCGGCAGACGCUCCUGCCGCUCCGGCCGCAGCUCCGGCCCCGCCGCAGUACUCGGCGAGAGUCCAGUCGGCGGUCGAUGCCAUUGCAGGCAUUGAGGGCGCGCUCGAGCAGUGGAAGCGCGAGAAGCAGGGCGAGCGGGUGCAGCAGCUGCAGGCGCACUUUGCCAACUACUCGGGAACGCAGACCUUUGUGCCACCGCACGCCCCGCCGCCUGCGGCCUACCACAGCCAGGCCGUGCUCUCGUCGCAGGCCCGCGGCGGGCUCGCCGACCCGCGGCUCCCGCCUUCGCCGCAGCAAGUUCCCUCGCUCCAGGCUCUCAACCCGACGCAGCGGCAUGUAUCGAACACGCUCGACACAACGCUCCGCCGCGGCCCGCCGACGAUGGCGCAGCCGCGGCUCGCCGGCGGCCCGGGUAUGCCGCCGAUGUGGAUGCCCGCGGGCGGGCCUGCGCCGCGGCCGGCGGCCCCGGCCCGCCCGCGCGGCGAGACCCACCUCCACUAUCUGCAGCGGCUCAAGGAGCAGCCAGCAGCGCCAAUGAUGAUGCAGCCGCAGACUCCGGGCUACGGCAUGGCGUACGGGGCACCGGCGGUGCCGUUUGGCCCACCACGCGGCGGCGCGUGGUGA